AACGCCAUCGUGUCCUACUAAACGGAAAAUCCACUGUGGUAAAGCAACAUGAUACGUCACUGGCGCGCUAUCCCUAUAUAUUAACAAAUAAACAAGAGUAACAGAAAUUUAUCCAAGAUCCUCCGCACUCGAGGCUCGUCUACUGCCACGGCGCGGAAAGGAGCGUGCACCGAUCGACGGACGCGCAGCUCGAGAAUCGGUGGAUUCUCUCUCCGAUCAGAGAGAUCACACAGCGAAGUGGCAAAUCCUACAGCGCGGCGAGAGAGAAGCAUUCGCGUGCGAGGCGCAACAAUACAACGCCGGGCGAGAGGACGAGCUGUCGCGCGCGGCAAUGGUGGUGAGGCGGCGGUAGCGCCGAUAACGACGGCGAAGUACAACGGUGCGCGAGAGUCGCAAUUCUGUGCGGUGUCGGCAACCUGCGACGGUGAGGAGGCACGACGACACCUGCUCGACGAGGAGAACGCCACGGGAACAAACAGGAACGGACGUACAACGACGGCCAUACUUAAACAAUCGCCGAGCGGAGCGCGCGAUACGAGAGAUGCAGUAAUGAUAAUAGUAAAAUAGAGAAAGAUAAGGACAGAGAGACCAAGAUUGAGUGAGAGAGGGGGAAGAGAGAGAGAGAAGCGCGAUCUCCGCUCGCAGCAGCCGCGCGCGAGGCUACGAGACGAGGACGGCACGAACUAAGCUGCAUCGAGUCGAAUCGCGUCGCGUCGCAAUCGGGCACACGAGUGUAACCGCGUUAUAUCGGUGCGCGCGAGGGGGCGAGGAACACCGCGGAGGAGCGGCCGGAACGGGCGGAAGUGUAGGCCGUGUGUGUGAGCGAGCGUGCGUGCGUGCGUAGGGUAAAGGGGUAGUAGCGGGCGAACGGUAGCAGCGCGUAGGGGCCCGUGCGGUUUAGGUUCGGCGCGGGGGCCAGUUACUCGCGAUGAGCGCCAAGACGGACGUGAACAGGCGGGUGCUGGCGAUCCAAGCGAAGAAGAAACGGCACAAGCCCAGUAAGCGCAAAGGCAAGGCCAAUCCUCAGAGCGAGCAGGACGCGCAGUUCUCCAAAGGGCCGCGCGGCCAGGUGACGGCCGCCGCCGCUGGUUACUCCGACGGCGCCACGGCGCAGCGCUCGUAUCCCAGCGACAACGGAAACAGAUUGGAACAAUGUCAUAGUUCCAGCAACGAGACGAUAGAGGAUGACGACGAGGUGUUCAGCAGUGAGGAUGAGGAGCAGGAGGACAGCAGUGACUAUUGUAAAGGCGGGUACCAUCCCGUGAAAAUAGGAGAUCUCUUUUUAAAUCGCUAUCAUGUCACUCGUAAGCUCGGCUGGGGUCACUUCUCCACUGUAUGGCUCUGUUGGGAUUUACAGGAUAAACGCUUUGUGGCGCUUAAAGUCGUGAAAUCCGCAUCCCAUUUCACUGAGACUGCAUUGGAUGAAAUUAAAUUAUUAAAAGAUGUGCGCGACACGGAUCCCGCCGAUCCUAAACGCAAUAAGACCGUCCAGUUGCUCAAUGACUUCAAGAUCAGCGGCAUUAAUGGUCUGCAUGUUUGCAUGGUAUUUGAAGUGCUCGGACAUAAUCUCCUUAAAUUGAUUAUCAAGUCUAACUACAGAGGAAUUCCAAGAAAUAAUGUUAGGCGCAUCAUCAGACAGGUCCUUGAAGGCCUCGACUAUCUUCAUAACAAAUGUAAAAUUAUUCAUACAGACAUUAAACCUGAAAAUGUUCUUGUGUGCGUCGACGAAACUUACAUUCGAAAAUUAGCUUGCGAAGCAACGGAACUGCAUUCUAUGGGAGCAAAAUUACCGGUGUCCUUGAUAUCCACCGCGCCGAAGGAGUUUCAGGAACCCACUCCAAAUUCGAAAAUGUCCAAGAACAAAAAGAAAAAGCUAAAAAAGAAGGCUAAGCGUCAGAACGAGCUCCUGAGGAAGCAGAUGGAACAAAUCGAGGAGUUAGAAGAACAAAAUAAACUCGCGAACAGCACGAGAGAGAACGGAGAAGUUGAGACGAACAGUUUGGAUCAGGACCUCAAUACGGAAAGCAUAGAGGACAAUACGGAAAGCAAGGGUUCACCCGACAUCUCGGAGCCGUCCGCCCCCUCCUUACAUAUGAACGGAGUGGACGGCUUAGCAGACGGCGAGAAGAUACAGAAUCCGUCGCCCGAGCAAUCUGAGAAAAUGGAGAACGUGACUCUCUGCGACGUGGAGAAGAGUUGCGGCGAAAGUGUACUACCACCUGAUCCCGAGGAUACCGACGAAUGUAGCGAAGGUCGUAAUUUAAAUCCGCCGGAGAGCAAACAACUGAAACGGGCAUCCGUGGCACCGUUAGAUCCAGCAAUAGUGGAGUGCGAGGUCGACGUGAAGAUAGCGGAUCUCGGCAAUGCGUGCUGGGUUCAUAAAAAGUUUACAGACGACAUCCAAACUCGUCAGUACAGGUCGUUGGAGGUCCUGCUGGGAUCCGGAUAUGACACUUCCGCGGAUAUCUGGUCCACCGCUUGCAUGGCGUUCGAAUUGGCGACUGGAGAUUAUCUUUUUGAACCGCACAGUGGCAAGGACUACUGCAGAGAUGAAGAUCAUUUGGCUCAUAUUAUCGAGUUGUUGGGAGAAAUACCGAGACGUAUCGCACUCUCGGGUAAGAACUCGAAGAUAUAUUUCAAUAAAAAGGGAGAGCUAAAGCAUAUCACCGUGUUGAAGCCGUGGGGUCUAUACGAAGUGCUGACAGAAAAGUACGAAUGGACGCCGAGCGAAGCGCGCGAGUUCGCAGAGUUCCUAACACCGAUGCUCGAGUUCAACCCGAGCAUGCGAGCUACCGCAGCCGAGUGCCUGAAGCAUCCAUGGCUGCAAAUCAAAAAGUGAUCGCGUUUUUUUAUCGUUUUAUCUGUAAUCCCCUCGACUCUCAUCCCGGUCCUAACGCCCAGAUUACAAUCGUAAAUCGAGAGUGUGAUAGGAAGCCGAAUAACCAGCAGGUGUCAGCCGGGUAUCACACAUCGCCGCAGCGAAUCGUAAUCUCGUGACCCAAUUUACAUGCGAGUAUAGUAGUGGUUUCGAAUUCCCCAAGAGCGCACACCACAAAACUAUUUGAUAUAUAAGAUGAGAAUUACGGGGAAUUGUAACAUAUGUUAUUAUACUGUAAUCGCCACGAGGGAAGAUGUCUUCGCGAGAGGGAAAUGUUACGUAAACCGAAAAAAGAUGUUUCAAGAAGAUUGUUAUACCCUUUACACAAAUGGUGAUUUGACAAUAUCACGGAAGUCGUUCCGGGAAAAUUUCUCGCGAGCGCAGCGAGCGAAGUGUCGCAAAAUCCGAAAAUCGUUCGACAGGAAGAUCUUGCUACAUUCCGCUGAUUUCCAUAACGGCCGUGCGUGCGCGCUUCCUAACGCAACACUCUCAAGACAUCGGCUGACCAUUCGCGUAGUAGUGUGUACACUUGUUAAAUCAUAUUUUUAAUUAGAGAUGAGAGACUUAAAUUAAAGAAUUUCAUAGUA